ACCAUGUGCACACCCAACCGCGCAUUUUCCCUCUCUUUCGCUUGUCCUUCCUUCCCUCCUCUUUUGCGGCUCGCUCGUGUUCCUCAUCUCUUCACUUUGUUCUGCUCUUCUCUCUCAGCGUUCUCCUCCCGUCAAGCCCGAUUCUGAAAGAAAACCCUCCUGUCUUUUACCCGUCCCGAAGCUCCCUCCCUAAAUCCAAUUUUGACGAAAGAGGCGGUUAUCAACGCGACCAGAAUAAGCAGUUGAGACUGUAACGGCUAUUUCUCCCGCCGAAAACCCCAUUUGAUCUGGCGAGUGCGCGAUCAUCUAGGAGAAGGGAAGAAAAUGGGCGAUUGCAGGGAGGAAUUGCCCAAGAGUCUCUCCGAGCAAGGGCUAGCGAUCUCUUUCACUCAAGAGAAGGGCCGCUGCCUAAUAGCCGAUAGGGACUUCUCUCCCGGAGAAGUGGUUAUCUCCCAGGAGCCAUAUGCCUCUGUGGUGGAUACUUCGUGCCACGGGAAGACAUGUGACAGUUGCUUUUCUUCAAGUAACAGUUUGAAAAAAUGUUCAAUGUGUAAGAUGGCCUGGUACUGUGGAAGUUCGUGCCAGAAAGCAGAGUGGAACUUGCAUCAGCUUGAAUGCCAGGCCCUUGUGAGCCUUAGCAAGGAGAAAAGAAAGAUGCUUACACCUUCUAUCCGUUUGAUGGUGAGAAUCCUUAUAAGAAGAAAGAAACAAAUUGAGAAGGUUAUUGUAACAACUGCCAGGGAUAACUAUAACUUGGUGGAAGAGUUAGUGAUGCAUAUGUCUGGUGUUGAUGAGAAACAGCUUCUCACAUUUGCACAAAUGGCUAACCUUGUCAAUGUUAUCCUUCCAUUGGAGGAGAUCAGUAUCAAAGAGAUUGCACAAAAUUUUUCAAGGCUAGCUUGCAAUGCUCAUACAAUUUGUGACAGUGAACUCAGGCCAUUGGGUACUGGCCUAUAUCCUGUGAUUUCCAUUAUUAACCAUAGCUGCUUGCCCAAUUCUGUGUUGCUAUUUGAAGGAAAGUUAGCAGUAGUUCGUGCAGUUGAGCCUAUAAUCAGAGGCUCAGAAGUGGUAAUAAGUUAUAUUGAGACUGCUGCAAGCACCACGACACGACGGAAAGCUCUUAAGGAGCAAUACCUUUUCAACUGUAUGUGCAUCCGCUGCAUGAAAGUGGGUCAGAAAGAUGAUCUUGAGGAAAAUGCUAUUUUAGAAGGUUAUAAAUGUAGAGACGAAAAUUGUGAUGGUUACCUUCUUCUGAACCCUGACCUGAAACUAUUUAUAUGCCAGAGUUGUGGAUUUCCACGGUACAUGCAAGAGAUAACAAGACUUUCUAGUGAGGUGGAAGAGAAGUUGGAUAGUGCUUCUAAACAUCUUUCUUCUGGAAGCUCCUCUGAAGCUGUUGUCAAAUACAAAGAAGUGGAGCUUCUUCAAGCCAAGUUGUUCCACUCUAUGUCAAUUAAGUUGGUCCGGACUCGAGAGACUUUGCUGAAGAUGCAUAUGGAGCUGAAGGACUGGGAAGAAGCACUCGAGUACUGCCGACUAACAAUUCCAGUUUAUCAAAGAGCAUAUCCACCAAUCCAUCCUCUACUCGGAUUGCAGUACUACACCUGUGGAAAGCUUGAAUGGUUCCUUGGUGCAACACUGGAUGCCCUCAAAUCCUUGACCAAGGCAAUGGAUAUAUUAAGGAUCACUCAUGGAGCAAACACAUCUUUUAUGAAAGAACUCUUUCACUUGGUAGAUGAAGCACGUGCUGAGGCCAACUGGUUUGCUACCUCCUCAAAUGAUACAUCUUCUGCGGGAUUAAGUGUCUUGAAAUGAGAACAGAAAGGGUUCCUCUUCCACUAUAGGAGAAACCGACACUUUUCUUGAACACUUAUCCAGACCGGAUUGUUGUAUGCUCCUUAUUUUUGCUAGAGGGCAGUUUCUGAAAAAUUAAAGUUGAUCAAGCAAAAUCCCUGCUAUUCGUAGGGAUCUUCUGGUCAGUGGAGCCAGAAAUUUAGGACAGCAGGCACAAAUGUGUAACGUGUUUAUUGAAAGGGGGGUAAAAAGGUCACAAAUCACAUACCUCGCCUGGCAAAUAUGUGGCUUUACCCAUGAUCCGUCCUCCCAUUCUUUAGAAUUUCAUGAGUUGUUUGUACAUGACACAACAUAAAAUAAGAAAGGAAUAUAACAAAUAGCUAUCAACUUUCUACCAAAAAAGACAUGGUAGAUGCCAACUUACAUUUCUGCAGAACUCUUUGUGCCUAUGCUCGAUUUAACAUUAAGCUGCUUUAAUUGACUACAAAGUAGAGAAACUUGUGGAACAGCACUAUAACGGUCAUCAAUCUGUACAAGUAGCUUACAGUGCUGUUCCGGGGUUGACUGUACCUGAGAAGGCACUGGAGAUGGAAGAAAAGGCUAUUCAAGUAAUUGAGUUAUCCGCAUCUUUCAUUGCGGUCCUAUGCAUGACAGUUUUUCACGAGAUCAACCAACCAAGGAUUUCAUACGGGUCCGUAAGAGAUCUCAUGAUUUCUAUCAGUUAUCACUUUGAACUUGGCGCAGAACGUUUUAUAUUACACGAAGGGUUUUCUUCCAUAGAGAAUACAUGCAAGAGACCAAAUAUCAGAUGGCCAACCGCAGUCGAUAGUGUUUCCAUCGGAGUUCUGGUCGUCGCACAUAAAAGCUUCAGGUGGCCCUACAUUGACUUUGAACACCACAUCAGGAUCAUAUUGCUCCUUACGUGAGGUAGAUUCUUUGUUACUAGCUAUGUUCCCUUUAUUUCCUACACCAGAUGGCUCGAGGUUGAUAUUUGAUGAAGACAUUCUUGUUCCCACAGGCUGGGGUCUCAUUUCAUUUUUCAUAUGGGAACCAAAAACAUCUUUUCCCCCGACAAGCUGUUGGUUAGAUUUGAAAAUUUUAACACAAUCAACAGAUCCAUUGGCGGGCUGGAUGAUUUCCUGUUUUAAAUGCUUUCCUCCCUGUAAAAGGCCCUCAUCUUCAAUGCCUGAGGAAGUUUGUGAAACAGAUGAUAAGGACAUUCGUAAUGAAGGUGCUGCUGCUGAUAGAGCAUUUGAGUCACUUUGAAUGUAAGGAGCUUUCAUCUGCUUGCUUGUAGCUUUUAUAUAAGCAUCAGGUUCCCCCCUAGGAUCCCUUUCGACUUUCUGGUUCUUGUCCUUGGAAAAUGGUUGGUUGUACGUCCCAGAAUUUAAGGGAGCGGCAGAAGUACACUAAGUUGCAGUAGCAACUCCUGAAGAUAGAUUCGUCGUCUCCUCCCCAUAAAGGCCAUAAAUUUCUCAUCUGAUGUGUCUACAU